UGCUGAUGGCAUUCGACACAAACUGAAGAACAAUUAAAAAAUCCCUAUAUAUAAUUUUUAAAAAAACAGUUGACAAUUCAUUUUCUCAUUUCCAAUUUUUUUUCCCUUUAAAUGCAACAAGUUAACUGUUUUUUUGUUCCAUCUUAUUAUUCCAUGAACUUCUCAUAUAUCAUCAUCAUCAAUAAAAUGUUUUUAUUUGUAGUUUUCCAAGAAAUUUUCCUUUGAUUUUUUUUUCCCAACGUUCUAAAUAUUCAAAAAUAAAAUAAAAUUGCAUAAUUUGUUUUUGGAAGAGGAAGAAAAAAAAAGGGUCAAUGGAGAUAUCAGGAUCUGCAUUUUUGGCUGUAUUUGCAGUUUCUGGAAGUGUUGCUUUCCUUGCCAUGAAAGUGAAUGAACAUCUUCUUUCUGAUUUCAUAAACAAACUCGAAAUUGAAAUUGAUAAAGAUCAAGCAAAGAAGAAGGUUAUGUUUUCCAAUAAAGUUGUGGAAUUGGGUUCACAUAACAAAGAUAUAAAAUUUGAUGAUUAUAUUUCAAUGAAGAAUUAUGAUGCAGAAUCGUCAAUAUCAUCAUCUGAUGAGAGUUUGAAAUCUAUGCCUUUGAAUUGGCAAGUUCGUUAUAAAGGAAUCCUUAAUGAUAAGAUUACACUUAGAGGUUAUGAUUAACUACUAUCAAUUAGUAGUAAAAUCUAUUUAUUGUGAUAUCCCUUUUGUAUUUGUUGAUUGUAAUGGUGGCUUUUGUAGUUACUUUUUGCAAAGAAAAUGACAUGUUUGUUUAGUAUCUAAUCGAAACAAUCUCUUUGUCCAAUAAAAGAUAAGGGUAAGGUUGCAUACAUUCUGUCCUCUUUAGAUUCAGUUUCUGUGUGUGUUUGUUGUUGUAUUUGCAAAGAGAGUGACACGUUGCGACUUUAGUAAAUUUUCAUUUUAGUUUGUGUAACAUAUUCAGUAAAUUAUUGUUGCAUAUUGUGAUGUUGUUUU